AUGACAUUACAAGAAAAACCGGAAAUAUUUACUCACAUAAAAAAAAAAUUAUCAUUCGGUACGUAUGCCGUUAAGUGGAUACCUUUUUCAGCAAAGUUCGUAGUUUUAGGGCAACACCCUAGAGGGACCGGUUUGUUUCAAGUUUAUGAACUUAAUGAGCAAGAAUUAAUGUUGAUUAAAGAGCGUGAAACUGGGGGCGCGUUAAAGUGUGGAACAUUUGGUGCAUCGAGUCUUAAUGCUCGUCAUUUAGCAACUGGGGAUUUUGAUGGACGUCUCGCUCUUUGGGAUCUUGAAUAUACUGAAGCACCGGUGUUUUCCAUCAAAGCUCAUUCAAGUAUCAUUAACGAUAUUGACGGAUGUGGUGGAUCCAUCACAUCUUCGCACGGACCACCAGAAUUAGCAACUGCAAGUAGAGACGGAACCGUUAAAAUAUGGGAUAUCAGGCAGAAAAAUCAACCUGUUAUUAAAAUUGAUUCAAUGGAAGAAGCCAAGGGAUCCAGGGAUACUUGGUGCGUUGCAUUCGGAAACGCGUGGAAUAACAAAGAGCGAGUAUUAGCAGCUGGUUAUGAUAGUGGUGAAAUAAAAUUAUUUGAUUUAAAAGCAAUGUCAACUUUAUCAGAAUUGACAAUCUCUUCUGGGGUUGUUUCUCUAGAAUUUGAUCGUCAAUAUACAAAACUCAACAGAUUAACUGUAGGUUCCCUUAAAACUUUAGAAGUAUUUGAAAUCAAUGAAGAGGACAAAUUAAAAUCAUUAGCCACGGGAAAACAUGAAGAUGACACAACAAAUUGGUGUGUACGUCAUGUUCCCCAAUCUCCAAAUUUGUUCAUGGCAUCAACUAGUUCUGGGGCCGUUAACUUAUAUCAAAUUAAAAAUAAGUCAUUAAAAUUGAUGACUAGUGCCACUGUAACCGAACAACCUGUGGCUUCUGUUGACUGGCAUAUAAAUAAAUCCGGUUUAACUGUUUUUACAUCAUUUGAUGGGACAAUCGGUGUGAAUAUUGUUACUAAUAUUUGA